AAGAACAUCACCCUUUGUGUACUUACCAAAUCAUGAAGCAUUUCGUCGACAGCUUGGUGAGAUGAGGUAUUUCCAUCUUACGUCAAAGAGAGAAACCGGCUCAGACUUGCAGUGGUCAAAUGAAACAUGCUCAUCGAAGACUGCAGCGCACACCCUUGGGCUAGGCGACGGGACUAGUGAUUGCAUCUGAGACUUGUGUCGCCAUCCGUGACACCGGAGCUUGGGAUAAACAUGGCCUCUCCGGUGCUGCCAAACACGUCAAACUUCCUGGGGGUGGCCCUGGUGGUUAACCGGCUGCGCGAUGGCCCGUUGUUUGUCUUCCAGUACCCGCCUCGGAUCCUGCAGCCGCGCGCCCCCUCCUCCGGUGACAGUGCUCCCAGGGACGAGCUCGACGACGACGAUGACGAGCUGUUAAAUCAGAUGACCCAUCCCCCUUUCGAAGCUCCUUCAGGCUCGCUCCCCAAAUCCGUUGAUCUGCAGAAUUGGAAUCAUGACGAUCACUUGGAAACAGAUAGCGGUUCUCAGAUUGUGCCGUGGGAGCACGUGGCUGGCUAUCCAACUAAAGACCUCGAGAGCCUCCUUACCCCUAACCGAGCUUUCCAUAAGAAGCUCUUCCAAGUUUCCCUGGAACAGCUCUGCUUCGCGUCGUAUCCUGUCUACGUCCCGGAAAACGGGAUAUGGCGCAAAAAGAAAAAGCAGCCGAAGUAUCAAGCGCCAAAGUCGCCCGAGAACGCAGACUCGGCCAGUAAGUAUGGCGAGUACUCGAACCUCCCGAGCGAUUUAUCGCAAAUCGACACUAAGGACAUGGCCGAGGAUGCCAUUACCGGAAACCCACCAGAUGAGGCUGACGAAAAAAAGAGUGGCAUGACUAUGUUUAACCUCGUCUUCAUUUUGAAUCCAAAGAAGCACGAGGCGAAGGAGUUAUGCGAGAAUCUCUAUCUUCACAUCAUAAAGAAGAUUAACAAGGCAUACAAAUAUAGCCAACAGAAGAGCGAUUUCGUCUGGAAAGAGUCGAAACGAAUAUUGGCUAUGAAGGAUAAGGGUCGAGAAUCAAAAACUAAAAUGAGCACACUAUGGAAGGAGAUCCUAGAUGUCUCUUCCUUAGCAGCAUCCAUGCAGGAUGUCUACGAAGCCGUGUCCCACAACAAGAUCGCGGCCCUGCAACUAGAAACGGCCGAGGGCACAGUAACGCACUCGGUUCAGAUACCCGUGCCGUUCUAUCUCACGGAUCUACCCCCUGACGACGAGAGCGGAUCCAAGGGGUUAUGGAUAACAACCGCCAACUCCUUUGUUGAAGAGGACAGCCUCAACGACCCCGGCUUCCUCGACAAGAAUUUCGCGCUGCUCCUGAUGAGCGACGAAAAGAAGAUCAUCGCAGAACUCCAGGCCGACCCCGACGAGACCACAGCCGCGAUGAUCGAAUUCGUGCGGCUCUCGAAACCAACCAUGUCCUUCUACCAAAUCGGCCAAGGCACCGCCCUCUCGCCGGCGCAGGUCCGGAAGUACGCGCAGCACUUCAUCUUCUGGCGGCGCGCGAUCGCGGUCCCGCCCCUGCACGCGCGUGACGUGUACGUGCUCUCGCCGAACAGCGACAUGUCGCGGCUGCCGCGCGCCUCGCAGGCCUGGGCCCGGAGCUUCCCGCUCGCGCCGCCGCUGCCCGAGUUCCUGGCGAGCCUGUCGGCGGCGCCGCGCUCGUACAAGCUGUUCGCGCCCAGCAAGAACCACCGCCCGACCUACCUGGCCAUGCUCGCCUGGCUCAUGCGCGGCGGCUGGGCCACCCAGCUGUGCACCUUCGCCUACGUCGUCGUCUGGCCCGAGAUCCUGUACGAGGUCGACUACGAGCUCGAGGCCGAGGAGAUCGAGCGCGCGCGGAACGAGGCGAAGGCCGAAGUCGAGGGCACGUCCCCCGAGUCCGAUUCUCACUCCCAAGUAUCCUCGUCGCCGCCGCCGCCGUCCUCCCCGCGCUCCGACGCCCCCGGCUCUCCCGAACCCGGCAACGGCAACAACAGCAACCCCAACGACAGGCCCAGGACGAGCCUCAGCAGCGCGUCGUCCUCGGACGACCACCACCACACGGCACCCCUAUCCCUGACCUCCUCCACGGCGACCCUGCAGCCCCCGCCGCUCGCCUCGUCGUCCUCUUCCUCGCCGCACUCCCAGAACACCAAGACCGCCGGCGAGCAGGCGGCCGAGCAAGCGCGGCUCUCCCGGCUCGCGACGCGCGCGCACCUAGCCGCGGCCUCGAAGGCAGCGGCCCACGCGCGGCGCCCCGCGCCCCAGCGUACGCCGCACCCCUCCGUCAACGACGCGCCGCACCUCGCGCACCUGAGCCCGUACGUCAUCGUCGACGCGGGCCGCGUCGGCGAGCGCGACUCGCGCUACCUCUCCGCCAUCGGCCGCCGCCUGCCCGAGCGCGUCACGCAUACUUCGAGCGGCGCUUUGGCCGUCGCUACGCAUCGGCCUAAUAUGAAUAUGAACAGUGGCGGCGGCGCGCCUAAUACCGGAGAGAGUAACAAUAGCGGAGGAGUAGGAGGAGGGGGGAAGGGCAAGGACGCCGCGGGAGGAGGGGCGGUCGAAGGGAUAAAGAUUGGCCCGGGCAGCAGCGGCGGCAAGCCGGGAAAAGGUGGGGGGCCGCCGCUGAACCCGCGGACCGCGUGGCCCGUUUUCUGGAAGUAUUUUAACGGGCGCAGCGCGCUCGAGCGCGUGGCGCUGCACGAGGAUAUGAAGCGUCGCGACGCGUGGAACUUGCUUAAUUCUAUGAGCGAGUACUUGUUGACUGUGAGGCAUUGGUAGCCUGUAGCUUGUAGGUAGCAACGUUGGAAUUGGAUACAUAGGUAGGCACAAAUACCGGGUACCCAAGUAUGUACUUAUGUACAAGGCAUGUAAUGCAUCAUUGAUGAGUGAGGAAAAUCCGCUUAUACGGAGAUAUAAGGUGGACAGGCGGGAAAGGGUCGGGUUCAUGAUUCCGGGCCCUUCCUUACUCCGCUCGGUACUCGAAGAGACAAGUUCGAACUCUGAACGAUGUUCUAUACGUGUGUCAAGGCGAAUAGCAAGAAAUUCACAUACACAUAUACGAAUAAGGAAGCACAUGUUUAGAUGAAUAAAUAUGAUUAUUAGGAUGAACCC